AUGUUGCUGGACGCAAAAGAGAUGCUACGUCGUGAGUUCGAGUUGGCUAAGAAGAGGGAGGAGAAAGAGCAAGCAAUCAAGGCCUCAAUGCGCGAACGAGGUGUCCAGUUGGUCGUGGAAGAAGAAACAGAGGACAACGUGGUGGUCAAGGCGGCCGUGGUAGCCAUGAAAGUUACAAUGGCGGCCGAGGACAGCACCAAAAAAGAACACUGGUCCAGCGUUUCGUGGGUAUUGCUUUACUGCAAAGAGGACGGUGACAAGCGUGACGACUAUACCGAGUUGAAGAAAUUGGAGAAUAAGCUUGCUUUCUCGGUCACAAUGGAUGGCUCAGCACGAGAGGUUUCCUUGUUUCUCGAUAGUGGUGCGAGAAGCCACAUGACGGGUGGAAAUAUUGACUUUGUGGAGUAG